CACCACUCUCUGUCCCUGCACAUCUCUCUCUCUCCUCCUUUACCAACUCACUUAUCCUUCAUCACUCACUCAUUCUCUCACUACCUCUAUAAGGCCUCCUUUCCACUUUAUUCUCCUCCAUGGCACCACUAUUUACAACCUCUCUCUCCUUGGCCAUAUGCUUCCUUAUCGUCCUUGGAACUAUCAACUCUGACACCGCCGUGGCGGCAUCAACGUGGUGCGUGGCUCGCAGCGACGCCAGCACGCUGGCCCUACAGACGGCGCUGGACUACUCCUGCAGUGCCGGCGCCGACUGCCUGCCUCUGCAGUCGAACGGCCUCUGCUUCCUCCCCAACACCAUCCAGGCCCACGCCUCCUACGCCUUCAACAGCUACUACCAGCGCAAGGCCAUGUCCCCCGGCUCCUGCGACUUCUCUGGCACCGCCACCGUCGCCCAGUCCGACCCCA